CAGUAAUCUGUAGGGCGCCAUGUCACUAGCAAUGAAGACUGCAACACCAAUUAUGACCGGCCAAACUUCCGCGCUUUGGCCUACACCACGAUGUGGAGCGCGUCUCGUGCACUUGAACUGCGCAAGAACCUCAGCUGGCAGCGCGGUCGUGCGGGUGUGCAGGGAUAAAUACAGUCGGUGCCAUCAGAAAUCGUGGGUGUUGCGGGCCUCCCAGGAGCCCGAAGGCCGCAGCUCUGAGCAGCCAGCCCCGGCCGAUGCGCCGGAGACGCUGACCACGCGUGCGGCCAAGCUGGCCGCAGAGAUCGUGGCAUCACCCAUCUUCUACCUCGUGGCGGGCCUGCUGGCAAUUAAACUUGUGGCGAGCACGGGCGAGGACGGGGCAGCCAUCUUCAUCUUUGCGGCUCUGCCCAUCACUGCCCUUACCGCGCUAAGCAAGAGCAGCGUGGGAAAGCAGGUCCAGGAGCAGCUGGAGGCCAAGCUGCCGGAGCUGCAGGCCGAGGCGGACAAGACGAGAGCCGCGCAUGCAGAGGCGCGGAGGCAAAGCAAGUGGUACGGGCCUUCCCGGCCGCGGCUUCCAGGGCCGCUGGGGUCUGCGGAACACCUGAUAGGCGCGAUCGCCGGUGACGCGGGGUUUGACCCGCUGGGCCUGUCCAAGGAGCAGGCGUCCUUUGCCAAGUAUCAGGAAGCGGAGCUGCUGCACGCGCGCUGGGCCAUGCUGGGCGUGGUGGGCUGCCUGGUGCCGGAGCUGCUGGCGCUCAGGGGCGUGGACCUUGGGGAGCCGGUUUGGUGGAAGGUGGGCGCCUCCAAGCUCAACUCGGACCUGACACUCAACUGGGGCGGCAUUGAGGGGUUCCGCAUCGCCGGCAAGCAGGGCAUCGGCCUCAUCGCGGCUUGCCAGGCGGUGCUCAUGGGCGGACCCGAGUAUGCCCGGUACGUGGGCAUUCGCUCGCUGGAGCCUGUGGGUGUGUUCCUGCCGGGGGACCAGAACUACCCCGGCGGCGGCCCCUUUGAUCCCCUGAAUUACGCGGCAGAUGCGGACGGCUUCGUGGAGCAGGCUGUCAAAGAGGUCAAGAACGGGCGGCUGGCCAUGCUUGCAAUGCUGGGCUUCUUCGUGCAGGCGGCGGUGACGCGGGUAGGUCCGGUGCAGAACGUGCUGGACUUCGUCGCGGACCCUGCGCACAACAACAUCUUCUGGAACCUGGCGCACCUGCAGCUCUGAGCCCUAGUAAGACUCACGGAUGUGCAGUGUAAGGAUGGGCUGGUUGCUGCGCUGUACAGAGGUCAGGGGUGGAAGCACCCCUGUGUGAAAGUAGCGGACUUGCGGGAGAUGAAUCGGCAGCGGGGUUUUGGCGGACCUUGGCAUGGGUAGGCAUGGUGUUUUGGGUGACGGGUGGCUGCAUGGCAGUCAUGGAACGCUGCUUGCUGGAGCCACCGCGGUCACAGUACGUAUGCAAGUGCAGAGCUGGAUUGAUGGAGGGCAGGAAAAGGUGUGUGCGCGAGUGCAGGAAGAGUGACCAAGGUAGUAAUACUAGGGUUCACGGGUGGCCUCACGUGUUCAGGGUAUCGAUCAGACAUUGAAAUGACGCCAACAACGCAUACAACAUUUCGGCAGGCUGCGGGCAAGCGCAGAUACGGGCAACACAUGGCCCGUCACGGCGGACGAGCUUAGGUGGCACCCGCGCACAUCGCUUGUGUAACAACACACUCAC